UUGACAAUGAUUAAGCAAAUUCCGAAAUAUGCUAAAUUUCUCAAGGAUCUAUGUGUUCACAAAAAGAAAUUGAAGGGGAAUGAAUUGAUAAGCAUGGGGAAGAAUGUUUCAGCCCUUAUUCAGCCAGUUCCAAAAAAAUGUGAAGAUCCUGGAGUGUUCACUGUGCCUUGUGAGAUUGGAAGUUGUGUUUUUGAAGAUGCCAUGUUGGAUUUAGGAGCAUCAAUCAAUGUGAUGCCAAAAUCAGUCUUUCAGACACUUGGAAUUGGUCCUCUACAACAGACCGGAGUUGUUAUUCAGCUAGCUGACCGUAGCCAAGCUCAUCCAGCCGGAGUGAUUGAAGAUGUGUUGGUGAAGGUGAGAGAGCUUAUUUUUCCUGCAGAUUUCUACAUUCUGGAUAUGGAGGGAGAUUUACUUGCGAAUAGAUCUCCACUCAUUCUUGGUAGGCCAUUUCUGAAGACUGCAAGAACGAAGAUUGAUGUGCACGCUAGAACACUAUCCAUGGAGUUUGCAGAUACAGUGGUUCAGUUUAGUUUAUUUGAUGCUAUGAAGCACCCGUCAGAGGACCACUCUAUUCUUAGCAUUGACAUAGCAGAUGAGUUGAUUAGCAUGGAUUUUUCUUUUGGCCUUGAGUCUCGGCUGGAUAUUUCUGAGGGUGAGGAGUGCCUAUAUGAUUCUAAGGUUUCUACUGAAGGUGAAGGUAAUGUGGGAGCAGUUGAUGUGGAGCUCGUUGGUAGUUCAAGUUCAUUGGAAGGCGAAUAUUUAAGUGUGGGGGAUUGCACAGAGGAAGCAAUACCCCAAGAAUCACAUAUUUUGAUUGAAAUGUCACCUGAAUCAAGAAAAGGUGAAUAUGUAAGUGUAGGGGAUUGCACAGAGGGAGCAAUACCCCAAGAAUCACUACAGUCAGUUAUUGAUGCACAGCAGUCAGAGUUGAAGCCCCUUCCUAAACACCUUAAGUAUGCAUUUUUGGGAGAAGGACAGCAGCUACCCGUUAUUAUAGCUCAGAAUUUAGAUCCAGAGCAAGAACAGAGAUUAUUGGGAAUUCUGAGACAGCAUAGGAAAGCUAUUGGGUGGACACUGGCUGAUAUUCCUGGUAUCAGUCCUUCGAUUUGUAUGCAUCAAAUUUAUUUAGAGGAGGAUGUGAAACCAGUGAGGCAGCCACAGAGAAGACUUAACCCAUUGAUACUCGACGUUGUAAAGAAAGAGGUGACUCGACUUUUACAGGCUGGUAUUAUUUACCCGAUUUCUGACAGCAAAUGGGUAAGUCCAAUUCAUGUGGUUCCCAAGAAGUCAGGCAUUACAGUGGUAGCUAAUGAGGACAAUGAGUUGGUGCCUACCAGAAUUCAGAAUUCAUGGAGAGUUUGUGUAGACUAUAGGAAACUGAAUCAGGCUAGCAGAAAGGACCACUACCCGUUGCCUUUUAUUGAUCAGAUGUUGGAGAGAUUGGCAGGGAAGUCCCACUAUUGUUUCCACUACCCAUUGCCUUUUAUUGAUCAGAUGUUGGAGAGAUUGGCAGGGAAGUCCCACUAUUGUUUCCUUGAUGGAUAUACAGGAUAUUUUCAGAUUUGCAUCGCUCCUGAGGAUCAAGAGAAGACCACCUUCACUUGCCCCUUUGGUACAUUCGCGUACAGACGUAUGCCUUUCGGACUUUGCAACGCACCAGGGACCUUCGAGCGAUGUAUGGUAAGCAUUUUUGGUGAGUUAUUAGAGCAUUGCAUGGAGGUUUUUAUGGAUGACUUUUCGGUUUACGGCUCAUCUUUCGAUGCAUGUUUGGAAAAUUUAUCUCGAGUUUUGAAUCGUUGCAUUGAGACAGAUCUGGUUUUAAAUUUUGAAAAAUGUCAUUUCAUGGUUGAGCACGGCAUUGUUUUGGGACAUGUCAUUUCUAGGGAAGGUAUUAAAGUAGAUCCUGCUAAGAUUAAUGUUAUAUCUUCUUUAUCUCACCCCGCAUGCGUGCGGGAGGUUCGAGCUUUUCUUGGUCAUGCAGAUUUCUAUAGGAGAUUCAUACGUGAUUUCAGUAAAAUUGCCCUUCCCUUGACUCAACUACUACAAAAGGAUGUGACUUUUCAUUUUGAUCAGAAGUGCAAAGAGGCUUUUGAGGAGCUGAAAGAAGCCCUUGUUACAGGACCCAUCAUUAGCCCACCAGAUUGGAGCCUUCCUUUUGAGUUGAUGUGCGAUGCUUCAAAUUAUGCGGUGGGAGCUGUACUUGCACAGAGAGUGGAUGGAGCACCACACGUUAUUUGUUAUGCUUCAAAGACUUUGGAGGCUGCACAAGCAAACUAUACCACAACAGAAAAAGAGCUUCUUUAUAUUGUGUUUGCUUUGGAUAAAUUCAGAUCAUAUUUAUUGUGUUCUCAUGUGAUUGUAUUUUCUGAUCAUGCAGCUCUGAAAUACCUCCUCAAGAAGCCCGAUGCGAAACCUAGGUUGAUCAGAUGGAUGCUUCUGCUCCAAGAAUUCGACGUGGAGAUACGCGAUAGGAGUGGAAGGGAGAACCUAGUGGCAGAUCACCUGAGCAGGAUCGAGGGAGAAAUUGACCACACGGAUAUUGCUGAUGAGUUUCCAGAUGAGCACCUCCUACAGCUACACGGAGAGACUCCAUGGAUAUAGGAAUUGAUACAUGAUUCAAGUGAAGCCUAAUCAACUCAAGAGGAGGGGUUCAACCAAGUGGAGAAGGUUCACAUUUUAUUUGACUCCAACCAAAUUCAUUAAGCCAACCCAUUGCUCUUGACCUAAGUUCAACCCUCACACCAAAUCCCUAAAUUCUCCCUAAACCAGAUCAAGAUUUACCCUAAUUCCGGUUCAAUUGGACCAAGGUAUAAAGUCCAGGAAACUCGCGGAUGAACAGUGGCUGCGCCUACUGUUCAUCGUGCCAAAAAUUUCUGCAUCGUGUUUUCUUCGCAUCGCAGCCCCUGUUCUUCAUUCCGAUCGACUUCUCAAGAGCUAAGGUUAGUGUUGAAGGAUAAUACAACUGCUAGGGAAUCUUCGGUUAGCUGGAAUCUCUCCCAAAGGGGUUUCUACGGGGAGUUUUGUUGAAUCUGAACUUCCACCGCUCUUGCUGCUGGGAAACGGCAAAAAGAGCAAAUUCAGCUUCCAUUCUUCAUCGGCGAUCAUUGGAGGGGUUCUCUGGUGAUGCCCAACAUUGAUCCUUCCUUCAUCCUUGUCUCGUUUGAUUCAGAUUUGCAGAUCCAGCAGUCCUUGCAUUCCCAGAUUCAAAUCUGUUUGUGCAAUCAGCAUAGGAGAGGGUUUCUCUAAUUGUGGUUCCAGAAAUCAAUUUGGAUCUCAGUUCAGCACUCGUUCAUCUCUUCUUCAAUGAUCUCUGGAGCUGAGGGUUUCACUUCCGGCUUCUUGUGUGACAACAAGAAGGGUGGCGUUGAGAACUUGAUUUUGUUUGAGAGUGGAUAGUUUAAUUCCUUGCUAUUUCUUAAUAGUUUCAGCAAUUUCUUUAUUUCUGCACUUUUGUUCAAGCAAUUUCUGUUACUAAAUAUCUUGUUUUUGCAUUUCUAUUUUCUGGAAUUUUGAUUCUGCAACA